UGCUAUAGUUUAUUUAAACAGGAAGUCAUUUACAUACAGAGCGUGAUAUUCAAACGUGGCGGUGGAGGUACGGGAUGCGACGUGUUACUCAGGUCCCAGGCAUGGCGGCGUUGUUUGACGAGAUCAGCCAGCAGCUGGACUUCUCUAGCUGUGGAGAGGAGGGGAGCAGCAGUGACAACAGCUCCGAUGACUGCAACUCCAGCAUCCGAAGUCCCAGGAUCCACAGCCCCGGCUCUGCGUGCAGGACGCCCAGGGUGCAACGCCACCGCAGUAGAAACACCACCUUAUCCCCUUUACAGUGCACCAGCCCCAUACCUUAUGCUUCCUGGAGGAAACUGAGGCUCUGUGACUCUCCCAGCACACCCAAGAGCCUGUUAUCAAAGUCGUCCCAACCUUCCUCCAGCAGUAAGACAGGUUGCUUUCAGAGGACCCUGCGUUUCGCCUCAGCUGCUCCAAACCUCAUCCAGGCACCUUUUGUCAAUGUGAAUCCUUUCACCCCGGACACAGUCCGCAGGAACAGCGAGCAGCAGUGGAGGAACCAUUGUAGAAGUGAGGAUGAUUAUGGGCGCAGGUACUACUGCUUUAUACUGUAUUUGACGUGUGUUCUCAUGAAAUUUCUUUGGUUUUACCACAAGACCCUCCAUCUGUUUAUCUGGCAGAGGCGAGCUGUCCAAGCCUUCAUGCUGUCACGCUAUGAGAGUGAGUUCCUGGAGCUGGAGUGCAUUGGUGUAGGCGAGUUUGGUGCCGUUUACAAGUGUGUGAAGAGGCUGGAUGGUUGCUUGUACGCCAUAAAACGCUCUCGCCGACCCCUGGCCGGCUCUGCCAACGAGCAGCUGGCUCUAAAAGAAGUGUAUGCGCAUGCUGUUCUUGGGCACCACCCACAUGUUGUACGCUAUUAUUCAGCAUGGGCAGAGGAUGAUCACAUGAUUAUUCAGAAUGAAUACUGUGAUGGUGGAAGUCUCAGUGAUGUGAUUGUGAAGAAGACAGUGCAGGGUGAGCUGUUUUCAGAGGCAGAGUUGAAAGAUUUGCUCUUACAAGUGUCUAUGGGGCUAAAAUACAUCCACAGCUCAGGCCUCGUCCACCUGGACAUCAAACCAAGCAAUAUAUUCAUUUGCCAGCGUCCCAGCACAAGUGCAGCAGGUGAAGGGGACAGCGAGGAGGAAGAUGACCGGAGCACAUCAGCAGGAGUCAUUUACAAAAUUGGGGAUCUGGGUCAUGUGACCUCAACCAACAGUCCUCAAGUUGAGGAAGGGGACAGCCGCUUUCUGGCCAGUGAGGUCCUGCAUGAGGAUUACAGGCACCUGCCCAAGGCAGACAUCUUUGCUCUGGGCCUCACGAUUCUGCUGGCAGCCGGGGCUCCUCCGCUGCCGCAAAAUGGAGAUGCGUGGCACAGCCUUAGAGAGGGGCAGCUCCCCGAACUGCCAAAUGAGCUGUCGCCUCCCUUCAGAGGCCUACUUCAGUUGAUGCUGGAUCCAGACCUGAUGAAUCGGCCAUCUGCCAGGGAGCUUUGCAAGCACACAGUCUUGAGGGAGGAGAGGACCGGGAGGGUGGCCGCUCAGCUACGGAGAGAGCUCAAUGUAGAGAAGUUCAGGACAGCCAUGCUUGAAAAAGAGCUCCAGGAGGCUCGACAGGCAGCUUUGUCACCCAAGCAAAACUUCCCAAUUGGGCUGAAACUCCCUAAUAAGAUGGGGUCCUUACCCAAAACUGGAAGGCUUGUUGGUAGGAAGACCGAGCGAUCCAUGAGCUUUGGAUGUCUAGGGUAUUGAGUCUGAUAGCACAUUGUUAGGCCCACAACUUGUUCUUUGUUCUGAUUUAAAUGUGAGUCCUUCUGCAACCAGUCUGACGUAAACAUGUAGCAUGUCUAGAAGAAGACAGAGUGACAGUAUUCUGGAUGGACUGUCUGAGUCUUUAGUGGGUUGCAGAGCUGUGGACAGCAGGACUUAUCUAACUGACUCACUUUUCAAGUGAUUUUCUGGCAGAGGCGAGCUGUAACUACUGCAGAAGUGUGUACUGUUUUUAAACUGUAAAUAAACAUUUGAAGCAUUU